AUGUCCAAGGAAGAGGCGGCCAAGGAGCCUACUUACGACGACUAUGUCGAGCGUAUUCACUACAGCGACAAGUACAACGACGACGAGUGGGAGUACAGACACGUCAUCCUGCCCAAACCAAUGCUCAAACUGCUCCCCGAAUCCUUCUUCGACCCAUCCGAACCCGGCGUCUUGCGAAUUUUGACCGUCAAGGAGUGGCGAGAUAUCGGCAUUACACAGAGCAUGGGCUGGGAACACUACGAGGUGCAUGCGCCCGAACCGCACAUUUUGCUUUUCCGCCGAGAGAAGGACUUUUUGGAGAAGUACCAGGCACAAGCGCAAGCGCAAGCAGCAGUACAACAGGCGAAUGGUAAAAAGUGA